GUGCAUUUUUCAUACUUUUAAUAAAAAUUGGAAAUAUAAUCAAAAUCUAAAGAUACAAUGUCAAUACUGUUACGAAGCUUUCGUAGUUUAACGAUCCGCAGCAGCGCCCAGCUGCCGGCUGUCGCCGGUGCUGCGAUUGCCAGCAAUCAACUACACACCAGCAGUCCACUAGCAAAGAAAUGGAACAGUCACAACACCGGUCCUCGCCGAUGGUUGGAGUUUAACAAGGUAAUCUACCCACCGCAAACCCCGGAGGAACCACCCCGACCAGCGUUCGUGUGCCACCAGAAGACGAACAUCAAGUACAGCCCAAAGAAAAUGUGGUACGUGGCCAGCUUCGUCCGUGGAAUGUCGGUCGACGAAGCGCUGAAGCAACUUUCCUUCAUCGACAAGAAAGGCGCCUCGGCCGUAAAGGAAACCAUCCUGGAAGCGAUAGACCUAGCCGUCCGGCGGCACAACGUCGAGUUCCGGUCGAACCUAUGGGUUGCCGAAUCGUUCUGCGGCAAGGGUCGCGUUUUCAAGGGCUUCCGGCGGCAUGGCCGCGGUCGGUUCGGCGAGGUGGAGUACAAGCAUUGUCACUAUUUUGUACGGUUGGAGGAGGGUAGCCCACCGGAGCAUUACUAUGUUGGACGGGAGCCGCAGAGUGGCGAGCAGAUGCUGGACCACUGGUUGGAGGGAAUGCGAAAGCGGAAGGUUAUCGGUUCGCUGUAGACAGGGGGUUUAGUUGAGAACAAUAAAUGGCUUUUGGUAGUGAA